AUGCAAGAAAGUAUAAAGAAGUUAUACUAUUGUGAACCAGGUAAGCCCUUAAUAUCUGGGAUAACUGCUAUCGCUAAUGAUGAAGACUAUGGUGGUUUCAUUUUUCAAGCAUAUGGGACAGAUGGUAAAAUUUGUAUGUAUGUGGACCAUGAUGGUCAAGGAAUAGAAGAUUGGUUUGGUUCUGAAAUAGAAGAGGAGGAUGGAGAUGAUUCUUGCAUUGAUGGUGGUGAGAAUGAGGACGAAAUUGAUAACCUAACAGAUGUGGAUGUGGACUUUAAUGAGGACAUAGUCGCUAUGAAUAGGACAAAGGGUGAUGAAUUUCUAAAUAGAUUAUGUGGCGAAGAGGAAGAGGGAAAUGAUAACAACAUAGAUGAUGAUGAUGGGCAUGAAGAGGAUGCCAAUUUUGAAGUAAGAGGAACUACAGAUGCUUAUGAAGUGGAUCUUGAAGAAAGAACUUGCUCAUGCAGGCUUUGGCAGCUUAAUGGAAUCGGUUGUGUCCAUUCUGUUGCAGCUAUUAGUUUUAUGAAUAGGGAUGUAGAUUCAUAUGUGGACAAAAUGUUUAGUAGCAUCACUUACAUGAAGGUAUACAAGUUUAGGUUAGCACCUAUGAAUGGAAGUAAUUUGUGGCCUGCAACUGAUUACACCCCACCUUUACCUCCUGUUCGUAGAACUAUGCCUGGGAGACCUGCAACUAAAAGGAAAAGGGAUGCAGCAGAAACCCCAAACCAGUCAAGUAAAAAAUCAAAGAAAACUACCCAAACACGAAACAAAGGUAAGGAGCAGGUGAAGGUAUCCAAGGCUGGGAAAAAAAACAAAAAUGUAGCCUUUGGUGUAGCUGAAGCACUCAAUGAGGAUGAUGAAGGCAAUCAAGCUAAUGCAGUCAAUGAUGGAGGAGCAGUAAAUGAUGGUGGAGAAGCAGUCAAUGAGGUGCAUGUGCAACAAGACUAUGAUGAGGUGGAACUCACUCCUUUGGAGUUUGAUGCAUCAGCAAAUGGAGAACCUAGUCAGGUUCAUGUGCAAGAACAGGAGGCUAGAGAAACACCACUUGCAACCCUGUUGAAGAAAAUCAGGAGGAAGAUAUUUGAAAGGAUUAUCAAGUUGACGCUGGGCAAGAAAGUUGGUGGUGCAGAUGCACCUGGGAAUUCAGAAGCUAAACCUGUUACUCUAGAAUAA